CGGUGGAUCAACGUCCGCUAGACCUCCAAAGACCACAGUUGAGCAAGUUGGCAGCAGGGUGCAUCUGCUUCAUUUGAUACCCUUUAAAUUUUACCUCUCCAAUUAAUUCAAUAUGGCAUCGGGUGUGACGGUUUCGGAUGCCUGCAAGACAACUUAUGAAGAGAUCAAAAAGGAUAAGAAGCAUCGCUAUGUGAUCUUCUUCAUCAAGGAUGAGAGGCAGAUCGAUGUUGAGGUGAUCGGAGCUCGCGAUGAGGAGUACGAUAAGUUCCUUACGGACCUUCAGGCUGGUGGUGCUGGUGAAUGCCGCUACGGCCUCUAUGACUUCGAGUACAUGCAUCAGUGCCAGGGCACCUCUGAAUCAUCCAAGAAACAGAAGCUCUUCCUUAUGUCCUGGUGUCCAGACACUGCCAAAGUCAAGAAGAAGAUGUUGUACUCAAGCUCUUUCGAUGCUCUUAAGAAAUCAUUAGUCGGUGUACAAAAGUACAUUCAGGCAACAGACUUGUCGGAGGCCAGCCAGGAGGCCGUCGAAGAGAAACUGCGUGCUACCGAUCGCCAAUAGUUUCCUCCAACCCAAUGUAUCCUCCCUCAACAACAACAUAUAAUUAUAAUAAUAAUGAUAAUUUUUGUUUCUCUCUUCAAGCCUUUUGAUUUGACUGUCACUCAUCCCCGCGCCCGCCCAUCCAAAAAAGGGUGCACUAUUUAUAUAAGUAUUUGAGUAUUUAAUGAUAAUAAUAAAGCUUCAUUUUUAAAACUGUC